CACGCCUCCGCUGAGUCACCUGAUGGAAGCACACAGCCACACACACACGGGGAAGGGGAGACAAACAGGAAAAGGAAAAAACACUGGGAGACACAGCGAGACUGUGACAUAACUUAAAAAGUAGAGAAAAAAUUAAAUCGUGGCAAAAGUCUUGAUGUAAAACACUUUAACUCAUUAGACCUUAACCAACUCGUGAAGAACUGUCAUUAGGAAAUGUUUGGAAACUGUAAGAAACAUAAAUGGUAUAUUAUUCAAUAAUAAAAAAAUAAAACAACCCUACAUAUAACAUAUAUUAGUAGUUGUACAGCUACAGCAAUCACAGUAAUCAUUGACUAUUGAUUAUCUGUCUGAAGAGCAGCACAGAAACAUUAACUGAGUUUACUGUGACUGUGACUCUAUAGGAUCAGUAUAUGAUCAUUGUUGGGGUGUUUAUAAUACUAACUGCUUUCAUUAACUCCAUAUUUAAUAUAUAGACACAACACACAAUCACAUCAUGCUAUUUAAUAACAUGCUAUGGUUUAUUUAUAACAUCAACAUUACAGUAACUGAUUCUAUAGGAUUUUAUGAGGCCUAUAAUAUCACAGCAGCUCGGUGAUACUGAUACUGUUCACUGGAGUCUAUGGGUCUGUGCGUGUCGUCGCCCCAGUAAGAGUGGUCCUGAUGCUGGACCUCGUGUGCGCGCAUUACAUCACUUAUCUCCCGCGUGAUUGGCUGUAGAUCAACUCGCCCGCCCGCCGCGCAGCAUCCAGCGCGAGCCUCCUCCUCAUCAUCAUCCCGAAGCGAGCGGCAGCGGUGUUCAGAUCAGUCUCAUCACCAUCAUCAUCCUCAUCUAUUUUAUUCCUCUGGAUCACACUGUUCGUUUGGUGCCUCGCGCUUUCCUUUCCUUUGCACUGGCGGCUCGUUUGGACGAUGGCCGAAAGCGAGGCAGACACGCCGAGCACGCCGAUCGAGUUUGAGAGCAAAUACUUCGAGUUUGAUGGAGUGCGGCUGCCGCCCUUCUGCAGAGGGAAGAUGGAGGAGAUCGCCAAUUUCUCCCUCAGAAGUAGCGACAUAUGGAUUGUCACCUACCCGAAGUCAGGUACCAGUCUACUCCAGGAGGUUGUGUAUUUAGUGAGCCAGGGAGCAGAUCCAGAUGAAAUUGGCCUUAUGAACAUCGAUGAGCAACUGCCUGUCUUAGAGUAUCCCCAGCCCGGCCUGGACAUCAUACAGGAGCUCACAUCCCCUCGUCUGAUCAAAAGCCAUCUUCCCUACCGGUUCCUACCCACAGCCAUGCACAAUGGAGAGGCCAAGGUGAUCUACAUGGCUCGGAACCCCAAGGACCUGGUGGUGUCUUACUACCAGUUCCACCGCUCUCUCAGGACCAUGAGCUACCGGGGAACCUUCCAGGAGUUCUGUCGGCGCUUCAUGAAUGACAAGUUGGGAUAUGGUUCCUGGUUUGAACAUGUGCAGGAAUUCUGGGAGCAUCGUAUGGACUCUAAUGUCCUCUUCUUGAAAUAUGAAGACAUGUACAAGGAUCUAGGGACGUUGGUGGAGCAGUUGGCCCGAUUCCUGGGUGUGUCAUGUGACAAGGCUCAGCUGGAGGGCAUGGUGGAGAGCUGUAACCAGCUCAUCGAGCAGUGCUGCAACUCGGAGGCGCUGUCCAUUUGCAGGGGUCGUGUAGGCCUAUGGAAGGACGUCUUCACAGUGUCUAUGAAUGACAAGUUUGAUGCAGUGUACAGACAGAAGAUGGGCAAGUCCGACCUGACCUUUGACUUCUGCCUGUGAGGAGUGCCUCACCCCGCCCUCCCCCGUUACGCCUCCCUCCUCCCACUUCAGUGCUGUGGACAGGUGCACGACUCCUGCCAAAACCCACGCUCCACAUCUCCACUCAAUCAGUCAGUCUGAAGUUUGGGAUUACACCAAAGGACUUCUCCCAGAAUGCAAUCUGUCAAUGAGUCAUAAUAUAUCUCACUCUUGUGAUCAAGAUGAAUCCAGAAUCAUUAGGAGCUCUUUGAAAUUUCUCAGUCAAUAGUAAAACCAAAUGUCCCUCACCCAGACCUCCACGGUGUGCUCUGUAGAUACUGACCAGGGUUCGACUGAUGUAAAGUUCUGAAGGCCAAUGAGCUGACAUUCUGGUCCACAUUCAUAAAAAUCCUGUUGCAUGGCCACAUUCAAAACAGGGAGUCAAGAUACCUGCAGAUAUUUGAGACUGAAAUACACUGAAAAUCACAUGUUAGUGUUACUGGAUUUUUUCAUGUUGUGGCUGUUGUCCUUCAGAUUGAAGGUGCUCUGUGUGUUACAGUACAUUAGAGAUG